UAAUUAGUGCUAAUUACAACUAAUUAGUGUUUGCUUACUCUAACUCCCAACCAACCCAAUUUUCUUCCUCCAUUUUUUUUCUCUCUCCUAAGCUAUUACGCUAUGAGUCUAUAACCAUGGGUAGUUUCUGCAAUUGUGUGUUGACACUACUACUACAUUUGUGGGUUUGGUCUCAAUUCCAUGGCGUCAAACUCAUCCGAGUUUCUGGGUCCGAAUCACCGAGUUCACUCGGUCAAGAAUUACUGAAAACAGCAAGAAAUCCAGAGUUCUUCGAUUGGUUGAAGAGGGUAAGGAGGAGAAUCCAUGAAAACCCAGAGCUUGCAUUUGAAGAGUUUGAAACGAGUCAACUCAUCAGAUCGGAGCUUGACUCGCUGGAGAUUGAAUACAGGUGGCCCGUUGCUAAGACUGGAAUUGUCGGGUCUAUCGGGUCCGGGUCACACCCUUGGUUCGCUCUUCGGGCCGACAUGGAUGCCCUCCCUAUUCAGGAAAUGGUAGAAUGGGGAAACAAGAGCAAGAACAAUGGUAAAAUGCAUGCAUGUGGGCAUGAUGUGCAUGUCACAAUGCUUCUAGGGGCUGCAAAGUUGCUGCAACAGAAGAGAAAAAACUUGAAGGGAACUAUUAAGCUAAUCUUCCAACCAGCGGAAGAAGGUCGUGCUGGUGCGUACUCUAUGAUACAAGAGGGUGCGUUGGAUGAUGUACAAGCUAUUUUCGGACUGCAUGUUUCACCUUAUGCUCCUAUAGGAACAAUUGGAUCUAGACCUGGACCCAUCACUGCUGGUGCAGGCAGAUUUAUUGCAGUAAUUCAAGGCCAAGGUGAAAUGAGAGAUCCAGUUUAUGCCGCAUCCACCACAAUCUUGGCACUGCAACAACUCAUAUCUCGAGAGACAGACCCUCUUGAAGCUGGAGUGGUAACAGUGACCAUGAUAUCAGGGAGCCAGCAAGGAGAUGUGAUUCCGGAGACUGUUAAGUUUGGGGGAACUUUUAGAAGCACGACUUCUGACAGUUUGUCCAAUCUUCAGAGAAGGAUUGAAGAGGUCAUAGUGCUGCAAGCAGCUGUCCAUCGGUGCACUGCUACCGUGGACUUCAUGGAGGAAACAGCAAGGAAUUAUCCACCGACUAUCAAUGACAAGAAAAUGUAUGACCAUGUGAAAGAUACGGGUACAAUGUUGCUUGGGAAAUCAAAUGUGCUUAUUUCCCCAUUUACCAUGGCAGCCGAGGAUUUUGGCUUCUAUUCACAGAGAAUUCCUGCUGCAUUAUUCAACAUUGGCAUAAUGAACAAAACAUUAAACUCAAACAAGCCGUUGCACUCGGGAUACUUUUUUGUAGAUGAGGACGUUCUCCCGAUUGGUGCUGCACUUCAUGCUGCUGUUGCAAUGUCCUACUUGCAUGACAAUGCCGUUAUUCAAAGUCAAUAGGGUGCUUGUGUAUAGGGUUUUUUCCAACAACUGUACCUAUGACUUGAGAAUUGGUGGUUAAUUGAGUUCAGAUAGAAGCUAAUCAAUGUGGCUCUAUUGUGUUAGUACCUUGAUGCAUCGGAGGUCUUUACAUGUUUGUCUUUGAUCGUCAAUGAGACGUUCUGUAGUCUAAUUUGACCAUAAGUUAAUGUCAUUUCCCAGUAUGUCUUUUCCUCAUUUGAAGUUAUACUAAUAAUGCACAAAAUGUAUAUUUUGGAUC